AGACUGGUCUGUUUGUUCAUUUUCUGUUGUCACAAAUCAAAAAGUUUGAGUCUGUUUGUUCAUUUUCUGUUGUCACAAAUCAAAAAGUUUGAAUCUUUCUGAGUUAAAAUUCAUGAAAGUUUUGUUCUUUCACAUUUCAUCAAUCUUUUGAGUCUGUUUCCAUUGAUGCUCUUUAUUUCCUACUGUCAUAAAGUCAAAAAAAUUGAAUCUUGGUGAGUUUUUCUUGAAGAUAUCAAAUGGGGUCUUGUUAGAAUUCAUCAAAACCUCAUAAAGAUUGAAACUUUUGUUCAUCCAAAGAAAAAUAAAUUGAAUCUUGGUGAGUUUGUCUUGAAAACAUGAAUCAGCAAUUAUCCCUUCUUCAACCACCUCCACCCCCAUUUUCUACUCAUGAUUCUAGUGGUGGUGGUGGUCUUUUCAAUUUGAAUAACAAGGUUAGUCCAAGUAUACUUCUAGUAAUCAUUAUUCUUGCUAUUAUCUUUUUUAUAUCUGGUUUGCUUCACUUAGCUGUUAGAUGUCUAUUAAGGCCAUCAAAUAGAGAUCCAGAUGAUUUAGAUAAUGUGACAGCCUUACAAGGUCAAUUGCAACAGCUUUUUAACCUUCAUGAUGCUGGUGUGGAUCAAUCUUUCAUUGACACACUUCCUGUCUUUAAUUACAAGUCCAUUAUUGGUGUCAAAGAUCCCUUUGAUUGUGCUGUUUGUUUGUGUGAAUUUGAGUCUGAUGACAAACUUAGAUGGUUACCAAAAUGUAGUCAUGCUUUUCAUAUGGAGUGUAUUGAUACUUGGCUUUUGUCACAUUCAACUUGCCCUCUGUGUAGAGCUAGUUUAUUGCCUGAUUUCUCUUCACCAUCACAUAACAACCAUACUUGUUCCCCUGUUGUAUUUGUUCUCGAGUCUGAUAGUGGAAGUUCAAGAGAAAACAGCAGCACUAUUGUUCCUAAUAGUCAUGAAUUGGUUGGGUCAUUGAGGAGGAACAAUUCAAUUUCAAGAUUGAGUUUGAGUAGUUCACUUUUUGAUGACAACAUUAGUGUUUCUGAUAUUGUUGUUGUCGCGAAAUCUUGUGAUGAAAUCCAACCAAAAGAAGGGGAGAUUGUUGAAAAAGUUGUACAAGUCAAGCUCGGGAAAUUCAAGAAUGUGGAUCCACAAGAACAACAUCAUGUAGGUAGUGGUGAUGAUCAAGAAGGAAGUAGCAAUAAUAUUGAUAUAAGAAGGUGUCUUUCAAUGGGAUCAUUUGCUUAUGUAUUAGAUGAGACCACAGCUUUACAUGUCCCUAUAAGGAACACACCAUCAAAAAAGCAAGCAAUCAAGAAGCUAAAUCAUAGACAAGCAAUGUCUGAAUGUGGUGGAUGUGAUUCAAGAAGGGAAUUCAAUGGAUUUGAGGGAUUCAAAUUUGCUGAAAAACCAGUGAAUAGCAACAAUGAAAACAAGAUUCUUGAACAAAGGAAAUGCAAAAGAGAGAGCUUUUCAAUAUCCAAGAUUUGGUUAAGGGGGGGAAAAGAUGAGAGUACUAAUCCAAGAAGGGCAUUUUCAUUCCGGUUUCCAGCCAACCAGAACAUUCCAGUCGUGGCAGAGCCAUCUGGCUCUGCCUCUGCCGCGACCAAGAAUGGUGGUAGGAGGACAGUCUCAGAGAUUGAUCUUGGUACAUGGGAAAACAAUGAAGGAUGUGAUGAAGAAAAUCAAUGUUCCAAUAGAUUGGAAUUUCAACCAAAGACACCAUCUUUUGCAAGAAGAACACUUUUUUGGCUUAUGGGAAGACAAAACAAAGUUGUGCACUCUUCUUAUUCAUCAAAUCUCUAGUUUUUAAAGUUUUCAACUUUAUAUUUGGAAUAGUAUCUCAAUACACAAAACAUUUAGCAUAUUGUGUAUCAAAUUGAUGGAUUUUCAAUAGUGAAUUAGUAUAGUAUAGAUGAACAAUUCUUUUAUCAAUGUCAUGCUUAGUGGAUUUUUGGUAUACUA